AUGUCUGGCAAUCUUGCUGAUAUUGGGCUCAUCGGCCUCGCCGUCAUGGGCCAAAAUCUUAUCCUGAAUAUGAACGACAAGGGCUUCACUGUCUGCGCGUUCAACCGCACAACCUCAAAGGUCGAUCACUUCCUUCAAAACGAAGCCAAAGGCACAAAGGUUAUCGGAGCCUACUCCGUCGAGGAGCUCUGUGCCAAACUCAAGAAGCCGCGCAGAAUCAUCCUGCUCGUCAAAGCGGGCUCUGCAGUCGACGAUUUCAUCAAGGCCCUCAUUCCUCACCUCGAACAGGGUGAUAUCAUCAUUGACGGUGGCAAUUCGCACUUCCCCGACUCGAUUCGCCGUGCAAAGGAGCUCGAGGCAAAGGGUCUCCUCUUUGUCGGUUCUGGCGUCUCUGGUGGUGAAGAAGGUGCUCGAUAUGGUCCCUCCCUCAUGCCCGGUGGCAGCCCCGCCGCUUGGCCACACAUCCAGGAAAUCUUCCAAAAGACGGCUGCUCAAGUCAACGGUGAGCCCUGCUGUGAUUGGGUGGGUGAGAACGGUUCCGGUCACUACGUCAAAAUGGUCCACAACGGUAUCGAAUAUGGAGACAUGCAGCUCAUCGCCGAAGCCUAUGACAUUCUUAAGCGUGGUCUCGGACUGGAAGAAUCAGAGAUUGCCGACAUCUUUGCUCGAUGGAACAAGGGUGUCCUAGAUUCGUUCCUGAUCGAAAUUACUGCCAACAUUCUCAAAUUCAACGACGAUGAUGGCCAGCCGAUCGUCACAAAGAUUCUCGACCAAGCAGGUCAAAAGGGAACAGGUAAAUGGACGGCACAGGCGGCGUUGGAUGCGGGUAUGCCCGUUACGCUCAUCGGCGAGGCCGUCUUUGCUCGUUGCCUCUCCGCCAUCAAGAAUGAGCGUACGCGUGCCAGCAAGGUUCUCGCCGGUCCUCAAAAGGAGCCCUUCCGUGGUGACAAGCAACAAUUCAUCGACGAUCUCGAGCAGGCUCUGUACGCCUCGAAGAUCAUCUCGUACACUCAGGGCUUUAUCCUCUUCCGUCAGGCCGCCAAGGAGUAUGGAUGGAACUUGAACUAUGCCGGUAUUGCCCGUAUGUGGCGCGGUGGAUGCAUCAUCAAGAGUGUGUUCCUUGGUGACAUCACUAAUGCCUAUACAAAGAACCACGACCUCGAGAGCUUGCUGUUCGAUGACUUCUUCUUGAAGGCUAUCCACAAGGCUCAGCCCGGAUGGAGGCGUGUGUGCGCCCAAGCAACACUAUGGGGUGUUCCUAUCCCCGCAUUCUCGUCGGCAUUGUCCUUCUUUGACGGUUACAGGAGUGAAGUCGUUCCAGCCAACUUGCUUCAAGCUCAGCGUGACUACUUUGGCGCGCACACAUUCCGUGUUCUGCCUGGAAAGGAGAAUGAGCGCCUUGUUGCCAACGAGGAUAUCCACAUCAACUGGACUGGUCGUGGAGGAACGACUGCUUCGACGUCGUACGUUGUCUAG